AUGCGCUUUUCAAGAAUCGCCAUAAUUUUUCAAAGCGCAAACCUCUGUGGGACCGCUCUUGCUGCCUUUAAGGGAUAUCAUAUCAGAGAAGAUCUUAAAAAGUUUGACUGUGACGGACGUGUUAUCAGCGAGCAUGAUUACAGAUAUCAAAAACAUCGGGCAUCAAUAAGUAUUGAAAACAAUGAGCACCCCCAUCAGACUUCUGGAAACUUUGUCAAUCAGUAUUUGGAGAACUUCAGUGAUACAAGAUGGGUCCUUUUUUUAGAUGAAUCCUCGAGAAAGUUUUAUCUUUCUGAUCUCGACAUACCUGGGGAAAUUGUAAGAGCUGACAAUGGAACUCAAAAAACCUCCUAUGUUCUCGUACUCGAUAACCAGUGCCGCACAGUUGCCAUGUUCAUGAAGCAUACCAUUACUCAGACCGACAUGCCGGGUGGAACCAUGAUAGCUACAGAUUAUAAAAUUUGUGGCAUCAUUAGGAAUUAUGUUGAGUGA